AUGACGUACCGGGGGAACACGCACGUCUUCGACUCCGUGCCGCCGCACAAGGUUGAGACCAUCCUCAUGCUUCUAAACGACUAUGAACUUGCUCCUCAAAGUGCGAAACAGAAACUCACUAACCUGGUCCCUCCUAUUGUCGUGCCUCAAAACUUCGACAGAGCGACGGCCAUGUCGCGGUACCUGAAGAAAAGGAAGAGCACAAUGAAGGCCGAUUACUCUGUCCGAAGGGAAAUCGCUUUAAGGAUCACGCGAAGGGGAGGGAAAUUUGCGCCGUCUGAGAAGAACUCUGAAAACUCAGUUGGGACGGAGGCGGCUGAGCUUCAAUUCUGCGCCAACUGCAGGGAGAGCAGCGAGGUGACGCCCCAGAUGCGGCGUGGCCCAACCGGCGCCAAGAACUUCUGCAACGCCUGUGGGCUGGCGUGGGCGACCUAUAGGAAGAUCAGAAAUGUCACAAAUGCUGAAUCCCAGCAUGGAGGAAGCCAGUGA